AUGGCGCUGCGGCCCGGGCCCGGCGCGGGGGGCGCCGGCGGGGCGGGCGGCGGAGCGGCCGGGGCCGCCAGCUUCAUGUUUCCUGUUGCAGGUGGUUUGGGCCCCCCUCAAGGGAUGAUUCCAAUGCAGCAGCAAGGAUUCCCAAUGGUUCCUGUCAUGCAGGCCAACAUGCCAGGGAUGAUGGGGAUGAAUUAUGGCUCUCAGAUGCCUCCUGGACCCAUGGCCAUGCAGGGUGGCAUGGCUCUGGGGCCCAUGCCAGCAGCUGGAAUGCCCUACAUGGGCCAGGCCUCGUUCCUGGGAAUGCGCCCGGCCGCCCCCCAGUACAGCCCUGACAUGCAGAAGCAAUUUGCAGAGGAGCAGCAGAAGAGGUUUGAGCACCAGCAGAAGUUCUUAGAAGAGGAAAGAAAACGGCGGCAGUUUGAAGAGCAGAAACAAAAGCUGAGACUCCUGAGCAGUGUGAAACCCAAGACAGGUGAAAAAAGCAGAGAUGAUGCUUUGGAAGCCAUUAAAGGGAACUUAGAUGGCUUUUCUAGAGAUGCUAAAAUGCACCCAACACCAGCAACACACCCAAAAAAGCCAGAUCAUCCCACACCAUCCCAUUGUGCUGUAUCUGUUUCCCACUCUGCUUUUCUCGAUGAUGAAGAAUUUAGUGACUUUAUGCAAGGGCCUGUUGAGACCCCCAAACUGGUGCCUCAAUCCACCUCUCAGCCUUUCCAUCCUGCCACUGAGGCUGGGCAGCUGCUUUCAGAGAGGGCUGUGCUCCACCCUGUCCCUCCAGCCCAGGCUCCAGUGUUAUCCACCCUGCAUGGUACAACUGGGCAGGUUCCUUAUUUUCCUACCUCUGCAUCUCCAUCCAAUACCCAUAAAACAGGCUCUUCCUUGGAGGAGAAAGCUUUAGCUCAUGGCUCAGAUGAAUCUGAACAAGAGCAAACCAAACUUAAAACGUCCGAAGUUGGGCACAAAGCCUCAGCUGCAAGCCAAGCCCAUCCCAGUCCCACCAGCAGUGACUGGGGUGGUGUAGGUGGACAUGAAAGUGGUCCCAGUGCUGCUGCAGAGGUGCACAAGGCUUCAGAACAAAACAGAGCAGUUGAAGAGUGUGGAGUUGGAGUGUUCCCUCCCCAGGACCCCAUCCAGCAAAUUCUGCCUCCCUGGAUUUACAACGACAGCUUGGUCCCAGAGCUGUAUAAGAAAAUCCUAGAAACCACUUUGACUCCUGCUGGGAUUGACACAGCCAAGCUCUACCCCAUCCUGAUGUCCUCAGGCCUGCCCAGGGAGACCCUGGGGCAGAUCUGGGCCUUGGCCAACCGCACCACGCCCGGGAAGCUGACCAAGGAGGAGCUGUACUGCGUGCUGGCCAUGAUAGCUGUCACUCAGAGAGGGAUCCCUGCCGUGAGCCCGGACGUGCUGAACCAGUUCCCAGCCGCGCCCGUCCCCACCCUGUCCGGCUUCCCGGUGCCGCUGCCCGCCGGGGUGAGCCAGCCCCCGCUGCUGCCCGCGGCUCCUCCUGCCUCCGUGGGGCUGCCCCUGGGGACAUCCGUGAUGGCCAUGAGCAUCCCUGGCCCUGCCCCUGCCCCUGCCCCAGCUCCAGCUGCAGCACAGCCUUCGGGAGCCUUCCUGCCCUCCUUCCCUCCCGGCCAGGUAGUAAAACCAGAAGAUGAUGACUUCCAGGAGUUCCAGGAUGCCUCCAAGUCUGGCUCCCUGGAUGAUUCCUUCACUGAUUUCCAGGGGGAGGCAGCCAAAGCAGCCAGCUCCCAGCACCGGAGCAGUGUUCCUUCUUUACUAAUGCCACUCCCAGGUACUAAGCCGCUGUCAGCAGCUGAUAAAUAUGCUGUGUUUAAAGGAAUGGCAGCUGAGAAGCCUUCUGAGAGUGCAGCUGCUUUUGGAGAUGGAGGGGACAAGUACAGCGCUUUCCGGGAAUUGGAGCAGCCAGCAGAAAGCAAAUACUUGGGAGAGAACCUUGCAGAGUUCAAGCCCGCAGGAGCCGACGAUGGUUUCACAGAUUUCAAAACCGCUGACAGCAUCUCCCCGUUAGAGCCACCCUCAAAAGACAAAACCUUCCCUGCACCCUUCCCUCCUCUGCCUGCUCAGCCCAAACAGCCAACACAAGCCAAGACCCCUUUGAAUCUGGCAGACUUGGAGCUCUUUUCCUCUUCUGGAGAGAACAAGCAGCCAUCCUUCCCACCUGCGUUUAACACCUCCAAACCGGGCUCCUUCCCCCCGCCACCCGCUCCAUCCACCUCUGCCCAGCCAGCACCCAGCAAAACUUCAAGCUUAGCUGAUGACUUUGGAGAGUUCAACCUUUUUGGGGAAUUUUCUAACGGCGCAUCAGCCAGUGGACAAGAUGACUUUGCAGAUUUUAUGGCUUUCAACAACAGCGGCGGGUUUUCCGAACAAAAAUCCGACGACAAGUACAACGCACUGAAGCUGGAGGCCAGCCCUGCUGCUCAGGCUGGCUCCUCAGGCAGCACAGUGAAGGGUGGGCAGAGCUCUGCCACCACUGCCACUCCCACCAAGUAUGACAUCUUCAAGCAGCUGUCCCUGGAAGGCUCGGGAGCGGGCUUCGAGGAGGCCAAGGACGGCGCGCUCUCCUCGGCCAAGAGCGAUGAUGACUUUGCUGACUUCCACUCCAAGUUCUCUUCCAGCAGCGCCGAGAAGUCGCUGGUGGACAAGGUGGCAGCUUUCAAGCAGGCCAAAGAAGAUUCUGCUUCAGUGAAAUCCCUGGAUCUGCCUUCCAUCGGCGGCAGCAGCGUGGGCAAGGAGGACUCCGAAGACGCGCUGUCUGUUCAGUUUGACAUGAAACUGGCUGAUGUGGGAGGAGAUCUUAAGCAUGUCAUGUCUGAUAGCUCUUUGGAUUUGCCAACAGUUAGUGGCCAGCAUCCACCAGCAGCAGAUGUGGAUGACUUAAAGGGUGGCCCCUUGGGAAGCUGUCACAGUGGCUCUGCACUCAGCAGCCUGGCGAGCUACGACUGCUCUGGCUCCGACAGGGACGACGUCCAGCAGGGCAAGAAACUCUCCUGCCUCUCCCAGCCCUCCUCAGCAGCCACCUCUGUCCUCCAGAAGAAGGAGACCUUGUUUGGCAGCUCAGAAAACAUCACCAUGACAACAGUUUCCAAAGUGACAACCUUCCCCAGCGAGGAUGCUGUGCAGGAUGUUUCCUUCGCAGCCUUCGCAAACUUUAAGGGCUCCGGGCCGGUGUCCAGCGCUCCGAGCGACGACGACCUCGGCGAUUUUGGGGAUUUUGGGGAUUUUGCCAGAAUUCCCUCGGAAGCUCAGGAUGCAGCAGCAGCUGACACAGCCCUGGGUGCUGAUUUCCUCACUGGAGUCUCCUCUGAGCUGCACAGAGAGGCCACGGAUGACUUCGGAGAGUUCCAGAGUGAAAAACCGAAAAUCAGCAAGUUCGACUUCUUGGUGGCAACUUCUCAAGGCAAGGUGAAGUCCAGCGAGGAGAUGAUCAGGAGUGAGCUGGCUACCUUUGACCUGUCUGUGCAAGGGUCUCAUAAGAGGAGCCUGAGCCUGGGGGACAGAGAGAUCAGUCGCUCCUCACCUCUGCCAGCCCUGGAGCAGCCGUUCAGGGACCGCUCCAACACCCUGAGCGAGAAACCCGCCCUGCCCGUGAUCAGGGACAAGUACAAGGACCUGACUGGGGAGGUGGAGGAGAGUGAGAGGUACGCCUACGAGUGGCAGAGGUGCCUGGAGAGUGCCCUGCAGGUCAUAAAGAAGGCAAAUGACACCUUAAAUGGAAUCAGCAGUUCAUCUGUUUGCACUGAAGUUAUCCAGUCUGCCCAAGGCAUGGAAUAUCUACAGGGGGUUGUUGAAGUCUACAGAGUCACCAAGAGGGUGGAGCUGGGCAUCAAAGCAACUGCAGUUUGCAGUGAGAAGCUGCAGCAGCUGCUGAAGGAUAUUGAUAAAGUGUGGAACAACCUGAUCAGCUUCAUGUCCCUGGCUGCUCUCACGCCAGAUGAAAACUCCCUGGAUUUCUCUUCUUGCAUGCUGCGCCCAGGGAUUAAAAACGCCCAGGACCUUGCCUGUGGAGUGUGUCUGCUGAAUGUGGAUUCCAGGAGCAAAAAAGAAGAGAAACCUGUGGAAGAGCUUCCCAAGAAAGCCUUUAACUCAGAGACAGAUAACUUCAAGCUGGCGUACGGGGGGCACCAGUACCACGCCAGCUGUGCCAACUUCUGGAUCAACUGUGUGGAGCCCAAACCUCCAGGGCUCAUCCUGCCAGACCUGCUCUGAAAGCAGCUGCACUGCAGGUGGAGCUUUGGGUCCAAUGUGCAGGGCUUGGGGUGACUGCUGUGCUGGAGAGGCUGGAGCUGGGCUCAGGGUUGGAAACGUCUGGGGUUGAUUUUGGUCCAAAAGUCAACGAUUAAUGCUGCUGUUACUGAUGGUGAAGAGCUCACUUGUAAUGGGCAAGGCUUCAGAAAUAACUGGAAAUAUGUAGAAUGGCAAAACAAAACAAAAAAAGUGGCAUUUCAGUCUUUCUGCAGAUGAAAACGUUAUCCUGUGGAAAAGCAGCCUGGAAACUGUGCACAGACCUGGGAGAGGCCAGCAUGGAGCUUCCCAGAGAGCUGCAGUGCUGGGCUGAUUUGCAUAGAAGCAACCACUUAAAUACUUGAAGUCUGUAUUUGCAAGCAAAUCUUUUCCUUAACGUUUCUGGGACGUGGACCUUGAUGUUCUUUAAGUAUUUGCUGCUGUGAUAUCACAGCACAUGAGUCACAGCAGCAUCCAGGCAGAAUGAAUUAUUGACUCAGAAGGAGCUGCUGGGUGUUUGUACUUGCACUGCUCUGUGCUGGAAGUUGUGCUGGAUGCAGAACUGGUUCGUGCUGGAAGGUGAGGACUGGAAAACUGCUGUAAUUUCCCUGUGCUAUGUGGAUUCUGUGUGCAGGCACUGGAGUUUAAAACUCCCAGUCUUUGUUGUAAAUACAGAAAAACUUCCCUGGA